UCAUAUUGGCGACUGCUGCUGCUCCUGCUGUGCUGUUUAUGCGUUAUUCCAGGACGACCUCGAAGCUUGCAGCAUUCACGUUUAGUUUAAAGACACUCGUAACGUUAAUCGUCACUUCGUUCACGGAAUUAAAAUUAACAAAAACCAGAAAAAUCAAAAAACACACAACACGGGCACACAAGGCUGGCAGAGAGAGCCAGAUGGGGAAAUCGUUAUCGAUAACAAUAUGUUUGCGAUUACCUGAGACUGGCGAUUAAUUGACAUUGUUAUCGUGCAGUACAGCACAGCGUGCCAGAUUUUUUUUUUUGUUUCAGAAAAAACAAAAUAAAUGAAGAUAUACAGUAUAAAUAAAUAUUCAGUUUAUUAAAGAUUAAGUUAAGCACACUGACAAAUGGCUACAGCAGUUAAACGACAAAAGGUAGAAGAUGAAAUACCCAGCACCUCAAAACAAUGUCGCAUAAAAAUGAGUAAACCGAAAAAAAACGCGCAAAGCGCAGAAUUUUCAACCGACUGGGAUGUGGAAUCUUAUAGAACGGAGUACGAGAGCGAGGAGCACUGGGAGUUGCGCCGUGACUUUAUGCUUGCGCACAAAGAUCGCUUUGAUGAGGAUCGACUGGUGUGUCUGGCACAAACGUUCAUCAACAUGGAAUUCAUGGGCUGUAAAUAUCCAGCGGAAACCAUGCAGUUAGUGGCGGAGCUGUCCAGAGAUAUUGCGGAGGAGUUUCGCAAAAAUCGUGCGCAACGCCUGAAGCGCACAUUUGUCUCCGCAUCGGAUGCAGCCGAACAGCGGGCCAAAGGGCGUGCCGCUGCCAACAGACCACCGCAUUCACUGCAGGAGCGCCAAUUCCAAACAUCCAGCGCCAGCCAAAAUCGCCUGUGCUUCGGCGGCGGCGAGCCCCUGAAUCUUUUUGAAGGCCUGCGCUUUGGAAAUCUUAUUAUAUAUCUGGCCGGCGGACGCAGUUGUUUGCGCAACGCGUGCAACAUAGCCAAAAUGAAAUACGAUGAGCGCCUAAGCGAAACCCAAACGGACGAUAUGUCCAAGACAGCAGAUAUACUAAUAAACGACGAGAUCAUAGCCAGCGGCAGGGGCGAAAAUCCAAAGGCGGCCAAACUGGCUGCAUAUAAGCAGGCAGUGCUGCUGCUGCAAACGCACUGCUAUAGCAUAAAGUUGAAUGCAGCGCGCGAGACCAUCAAGGUCGAGAAAAGCAAAAAUGGCGUGAAUAUAAAUGUCACCAAGGAGUCUGCUGACAAUCUGUGCGACGCCAAGCUGGAUGCAAGCAAUAAGGGCUAUCAUAUGAUGCGAUUAAUGGGCUGGACUGGCGGUGGCUUGGGGCGCCAAAAGCAGGGACGCGAGGAGCCCGUGGGUUACCUGUUAAAAAACAAUCGCAUGGGCUUGGGCUCCGACGAUCCACGUGGCAAUCUAGCCGAUUAUCGCAAGCUUAUAGAGAACUAUGUCAAUUCGGAGGAUAUGCGCGACAUGCAAUUUGAGCCCACCUUCUCCAAGGAGGAACGCGCAACGUUUCAUCAGAUUGCCGGCAAAUUUGGACUGCGCUCCAACAGCUACGGUACUGGUGAAUCUCGACGCUUGCUUAUAACUAAGAAAAUCAGCUAUAAUAUAAUACUCAGCGAAGUGCUCACCCGACGCAACCCCAAGUUCUGCGAACGUUAUUUUGUACAGGUGCCCAUGCAGAAGGCGCAUCUGUUUCCAGGCAAUGUGGCCGCGCUGGAUUUGGAAAAUAUAAUGGAAUAGUUUGACAAUUUGUGUUCAGUUCGGUUUCAAGUUCAUGUAUAUUGGUAUAUAAAGCAUUUUCAGCCCAUAGUAUUUAA